CUAGCAAAAACCUCCGCCACAGAAAUCCAGGGACGACGACUGACGACCUUGUCAAGUUGUCGAGAUUGGCCAUGGCUGUGUUUCUUGGCCACAGAGCCAUUGCCAUGGCGUUAUCUUUAUCCCUCUCCAAGCACUGCCUGCUCAGUUGUCCCUCUUCGGCUAGGCUGCUCUCUCAUUUCUCAUCCAAAUGCCAUUUCAAUGUUUCUCCAUCUUUCGCGAUCCUCAAUCGCACGAGCGGAUUGCGGAGAGCAAAAUUCUCUGCCGUCGCCACGGAAGUUACUGAAAAGCCUACGGUGCCGCCUCCGGGAGAGGACGGAGACGCCAAUGUCUCCGAGAGGAGAGUUGUCCUUCCUACUAAUGAGUCUUCUGAGAAACUCCUCAGGAUUCGUCACACGUGUGCUCAUGUAAUGGCGAUGGCCGUUCAAAAAGUCUAUCCUGAUGCAAAAGUUACAAUUGGCCCCUGGAUUGAGAAUGGCUUUUAUUACGACUUCGAUAUGGAGCCACUGACUGAUAAGGAUCUUAAGAAAAUUAAGAAAGAAAUGGAUCGUAUUAUUGGUAAGAGAUUGCCCUUAAUUAGAGAAGAAGUUAGCAGAGAUGAAGCUCAACAAAGGAUUAUGGCUGCAAACGAGCCCUACAAGAUGGAGAUUUUGGACAGCAUCAAAGAGGAGCCAAUCACCAUCUAUCAUAUAGGUAAUGAAUGGUGGGACCUUUGUGCUGGUCCUCAUGUUGAAUCUACCGGAGAAAUCGAAAGAAAAGCAGUAGAACUUGAGUCUGUUGCUGGGGCUUACUGGAGAGGAGACACAAAUAAACCAAUGCUGCAGAGAAUUUACGGAACAGCAUGGGAGAAUGAGGAACAACUGAAAGCUUAUCUUCACUUCAAGGAGGAAGCUAAAAGGCGAGAUCACCGUCGAAUUGGUCAGGAUCUUGACCUGUUCUCUAUACAGGAUGAGGCUGGUGGGGGUUUGGUUUUCUGGCAUCCCAAAGGUGCUAUUCAAAGGCACAUAAUUGAAGAUUCCUGGAAAAAGAUUCACAUACAGCAUGGCUAUGACCUGCUCUAUACCCCCCAUGUUGCAAAAGCUGAUCUUUGGAAGAUCAGCGGUCAUCUGGAUUUUUACAGAGAGAACAUGUUUGAUCAGAUGGAGAUAGAGGAAGAACUUUAUCAGCUCAGACCGAUGAAUUGUCCUUACCAUAUACUGGUUUACAAACGGAAACUACAUUCAUACAGGGACUUUCCAAUCAGGGUUGCAGAGCUUGGAACAGUGUAUAGAUAUGAGUUAUCUGGCAGCUUGCAUGGUCUUUUCCGAGUAAGAGGAUUUACACAGGAUGAUGCUCACAUAUUUUGUUUAGAUUAUCAAAUCAAAGAUGAAAUUAAAGGUGUGCUGGAUCUUACAGAGGAAAUACUGCUGCAAUUUGGUUUUGAUAAAUAUGAAGUAAACCUCUCAACGAGACCAGAGAAAUCUGUGGGAGAUGAUGAAAUAUGGGAGAAAGCAACAGUUGCACUACAGGAUGCUUUAAAUGACAAAGGUUGGGAUUAUCAGAUAGAUGAUGGUGGUGGAGCUUUCUAUGGUCCCAAAAUUGAUCUCAAAAUCGAGGAUGCUCUGGGGAGAAAGUGGCAGUGCUCAACAAUACAGGUUGAUUUUAAUUUGCCUCAGCGCUUCGACAUCACAUAUGUUGAUUCAAAUCAGGAGAAGAAGCGACCAAUCAUGAUACAUAGAGCAGUACUAGGGUCCUUGGAGCGGUUCUUCGGUGUUCUUAUAGAGCAUUAUGCUGGAGACUUUCCUUUAUGGCUUUCUCCAGUUCAAGCUCGAGUUCUACCUGUAACUGACACACAGCUCGAGUACUGCAAUGAGGUGACCAAAAAAUUGAGAGCUAGUGGAAUUCGGGCCGAAGUUUGCAGUGGUGAGAGGCUGCCCAAACUUAUUAGAACCUCAGAAAAACUAAAGAUUCCAUUGAUGGCAGUAGUCGGGCCAAAAGAGGUUGAAACGCAGUGCGUCACAGUUAGAUCCAGGUUUGGUGGAGAGUUGGGAACUAUGCAAGUAGAUGAAUUCAUUUGCAGAGUAAAUCAUGCUAUUGAAACCAGGACUUUCCUUUAAUCAUUCAUGUAACUGAAUUAAGUGGUGCACCAAUGGCUUGUGCUCGUCUAUGACCGAUCAAAGAACCGAGUGCAUAUCCAUUCUGGUGCUUUACAUAGUAGAUUGAAGGUUGGCUGGAGAAGCUAGCUAGUUAUACAAGAAUUUCUUCUAUCAUAGCAAACUAACAAUAAUAGCAUGCCUGUAUUUGUAUGUGAUAUUUAUUCUAUUCUAUUGUGCUGCAAAGAUUUUGUAGUAAAACGUCAACAGUCAAUUUGUUAUGAUAGGUUAUACA